UAUGAUGCAAGAUGCAAAUCGACACAUCCUCCUCCUUAUUGAUGGUACCACUUCACAUGCAGUUGGUGAUAUAGAUCUUACUAAUAUAAAGGUUGUCACUUUACCUCUAAGAACCACCUCCAAGCUUCAACCAAUAGACGCAGACAUUAUUGCCGCCUUCAAAUAUCGAUAUCGUCAUUUUUUAUUACAACAUGCUAUUGACCGUGAUGAGGCUGAGGAAUCUGAUAUCUAUAAAGUUGACCAACUAACAGCAAUGCAAUGGUGUGUUCGAGCUUGGUAUUCAAUUCCUCUAGAAACUAUCACAAACUGUUUUCACCAUACUGGCUUGUUUGAUUAUAAAAUAACUGUCUCUACUCAUGAAGUUUACCCAAAUGAUGAAGAUUCAUCUGUUCUCGCAGGUUGGAAGAAUCACUCAAAAC